UAGCAAACGUUAGCUAUCAGUACCUAGCUAACGUUAAUGUUAUUAGUGGGCUUCGACAUCUUGUGGAAUAACUACCAUGUCCAAGCAAGAGCAAGUGUUUGGGAAAGAACAGAGAGACCAAGGACUGGAUGUGUAGAGGACAACCAUGUUGAAGAUGGAGAGGAUGAAAAGAUGGAUAGCUACCAUGACCACGACUACUGUGCAGUGCCUGGGCCCGCUGUAGUUGACCUGGUUUUGAUUGAGACGGAAGAGAUUGAGGACCUACGGAACAAAGUAGAGGAGUUGACUGUGAGAAGUCGUUUUGGGCUGCAGCAAUUUGUAGAAUCAAAUGCACCGAUCCAGUCCUUCACAAGAUUUGCCUCGUAUGACCAUCUGAUGGCCUUUUUGUCUCUCAUCAAACCAUCAACUGCAAAAAUUGCACAUGUCACACGAGCAAGGAAAACCAAGCUGAGGAAUGAGGUGACACUUCCAUAUCCCUACUCAAGGCAUGCCCUACCCAUGCUGGAUGAGCUGUUCCUCUUCCUCAUGUACUUGUCCUUGGGGUCAACUGAGAUGGACCUCGCUGACCGAUUUGACAUUCAUCACUCGACAGUCAGCAGGAUCGUUGUCACAUGGGCUAACUACCUUUACAUUCUGCUGGGGUAUGUCUCUAUAUGGAUGUUUUUGGAAUGUGUCAAGGCUGUGUUGCCAAGGAGUUCAGUAAGUAUCCAGACACCCAAGUCAUCAUUGACCAUACGGAGUUGAGAUGACAGCAGCCAGUCUCCCUCUACACAGUGAGAUGUACUCUCAUUACAAGUCCCACUGACCUUGAAAGGUCUGCUUGGGAUGGCCCCACAUGGAGCAGUUCCUUUUGUGUCAGAAUUGUAUGCUGGCUCCAUUAGUCACAGAGCUCUUCAAACAAUCAGGACUGUUUGGCUUCCUCACUGAAGACAUGGCAGUGAUGGGGUUCUUGAUUGAUAACAGUGUGCCAGGCAAGGUCUACCAUCCACCCUUUGUCUAAACAGAGCCAAAUGCCAGCAGCACACGUCCAUCAAACGCAGGAGAUUGCCCAUCUUAGAUUCCACAUUGAGACAUUAAUUGGUAGAAUGAAUCUGAACAAGAUGUUUCAGUCAGAGAUCCCCAUGUCACUGAUGGGAAGCAUCAACUGCAUCUGGGCUGUGGAUUGCUUUCUCACAAACUACUAGUGUGGGCCUCUUGUUGAGGGCAUGGGCCAAGAAACAAUGAGCUAGUACUUCAAUGCAUCUUUCCUUUUUUUGCUGUGACAAUCAAUAUUGCCUAACACCCUGUAGUCCAUUUGUUGAUAAUAAACACCACUGCUUAUAAUCCAAA